UUCACUUUCUUCUCGCCUGCGCUCAAUUUAUCGUGAAUUUUUCUUUUUUUUUUUACGAUUUUUUAAUCUCUAAUGGGAGACGAAGAAGUGAGAUCGGAGGAGUCCGUUAAUGGAGGUACGGACGUCCUGAGCUCUUCAGACGAUUCUGCCUAUUGUGCUGGUCAUCUCGUUGUGAUGGUCCAUGGAAUCCUUGGAAGUACUGCAGACUGGCAAUAUGGAGCUAACCAAUUUAUUAAAGCUCUUCCUGACAAAGUGAUAGUCCAUUGUAGUGAAUGCAACAUGCGUAGACUGACGUUGGAUGGUGUUGACGUUAUGGGUGAGCGGUUGGCAGAAGAGGUGGUGGAAGUCAUCAAUAGAAGACCUGGGCUGAGAAAAAUUUCUAUCAUUGCGCACUCCGUUGGUGGCUUGGUUGCAAGAUAUGCAAUUGGUAGACUUUAUAGACCUCCUAGUGAUGAACUCUCAGGCAACUCCCGAGAUGAUGCUCAUGAUAGAGACAAUUCAAGUGGGACCAUUUGUGGUCUUGAAGCAAUGAAUUUUAUUACUGUUGCUACACCCCAUCUUGGUUCUAGGGGUAAUAAACAGGUUCCAUUUCUUUUUGGUUUCACUGCUAUUGAAAAGGUUGCUGCUUCGGUCAUUCAUUGGAUAUUUAGAAGAACAGGAAGGCAUCUCUUUCUUACUGAUAAUGAUGAAGGAAAACCUCCACUUUUGCAGCGCAUGGUGGAUGAUCAUGGGGACCUAUAUUUCAUGUCUGCUCUACGAGCAUUCAAACGACGAGUGGCAUAUGCAAAUGUUGGUUAUGAUCAUAUUGUAGGAUGGAGAACAUCAUCUAUAAGACGCAAUACCGAGCUGCCAACGUGGGAGGAUUCUGUAAGUGAGGAAUAUCCACAUGUCGUUUACGUAGAACAUACAAAAGGAGUCAAUGUUGAUAAAUGUGAAGAAGCCUUAGACACAAGUGGUGACUCUGAUGUAUUAGAAGAGGAACUGGUGACAGGCCUCUCAAGGGUGUCAUGGGAAAAAGUAGAUGUUAGUUUUCACAGUAGCAGACAGAGAUUUGCUGCCCACAGUGUCAUUCAGGUUAAAUAUGCAUAUAUGCAGUCAGAAGGUGCAGAUGUUAUACAGCACAUGAUCGAUCAUUUUCUCACUUAAGAGGUAGCUCGAAGCAAUGAUACUGGAUUUUGGCUAAAUAUGCCAUUUUUAGAUUCUAAUUAGAAAUACAUACCGAUUAUCAUGGGGAGACCGAGCAAAUCCUUCUGUAACUCUAGGUCGCUGAAUAAACUGCCUAGUGUUCUUGAUUUUUUUUCCAGGCCUUAUAUACGAUUUAAGUGUAAUAAUUCUGUAAAUGAAACCUGAAGACUUAAUAAUACAAAGAAAAUGAAUAUCAUCCGCAUAAUUAUGAU